CCCGCCUCCCUCCCAGCGCCGCUCGUGCGAUCGCGGAGCCGUUACCAGUGCCGCUCCCGGGUGGCAGCGGGAGGACGCGCCGCCAGGCGCACGGACGGGGCUUCGGUGCGGUCGGGCGCCCGCCUGCCGUCCUUUCGGCGGCCCGGCUCGCUCGCUGGCUCGCUUGCCUGCUUCCCACCAGAGGAGCCAGCGAAGCGAAAGUGGAGCCCCGUCGCUUCCCGGAAACUCCCGGGCGGUUCUUCAGCAGGCAUCACGGCGCCCGUCACCGCGUAGAGGAUUUUGGCGCGCCGAGAGCGGCUCAAGAAGACGGAACUUGCCCGGAGGGACCCGCGGGAAGGCGCUGCGGGCGCCGCUCCAUCCCGGCCCCGCUUGCCGCCGCCAGGGCCCAGGAGGGAACUUUUACCCUUCCAGCGGAGCUCCAGCCGAGCGGCGGGGCCGGGACGCUUCGCGGGCGUGCCGAGAAGUUUAGCAGUUCGAGGAAGAGUCGCCGCCGUUGAGCGGGGUGCGGUGCUCGAGGCGCGUUCCGGCGGCGGCGGCUCCUGAUCCCCCCGCUCCUCCUUUUCCGCCUUGCCCGGCGCGGCGAUGAAGCUGAGCCGGCAGUUCACGGUUUUUGGCAGCGCGGUCUUCUGCGUGGUGAUCUUCUCGCUCUACCUGAUGCUGGAUCGGGGCCACUUGGACCAUCCCAAGAACCACCGCCGGGAGGGCUCCUUCCCCCAGGGCCAGCUUUCAAUACUGCAAGAAAAAAUAGAUCACUUGGAGCGCUUACUAGCAGAAAACAAUGAAAUUAUUUCUAACAUAAGAGACUCAGUGAUCAAUCUGAGUGAAUCUGUCAAGGAUGGACAGCGUACUCCAGAAGCUAUAAACUUCAGUCAAGGAAACUUUUCAGAGCUAUCACCUCUUGCCACUAUGUAUCUCUCAAUUGAUCCUGAAGAUUGUCAGUUUGCUUCAAAAAGUGGAAACCAAGCUUCCGAUGUACAGAUGUUAGAAGUCUAUGAUCUUCUCCCUUUUGAUAAUCCAGAUGGUGGAGUUUGGAAACAAGGAUUUGAUAUCACAUAUGAUGAGCAUGAGUGGGAGAGUGAGCCUCUUCAAGUUUUUGUUGUGCCUCAUUCACAUAAUGACCCAGGUUGGCUGAAAACAUUUGAUGACUACUUUAGAGAUCAGACGCAGCAUAUUCUCAAUAACAUGGUUAUAAAACUGCAAGAAGACAAAAGGAGGAAGUUUAUAUGGUCCGAAAUCUCUUAUUUUUCAAAGUGGUGGGAUGGAAUAGAUAGUCAAAAAAAGGAUGCUGUGAAAAGGUUAAUUGAAGAUGGACAGUUUGAAAUUGUAACAGGAGGAUGGGUCAUGCCUGAUGAAGCCUCUUCACAUUAUUUUGCUUUGAUUGACCAGCUGAUUGAAGGGCACCAAUGGUUAGAGAAGGCAUUAGGAGUAAAACCAAAAUCUGGCUGGGCAGUUGAUCCUUUUGGGCAUUCACCAACCAUGGCUUAUCUUCUGAAACGCACUGGAUUUUCCAGUAUGCUUAUACAGAGGAUUCAUUAUUCAAUUAAAAAGUAUCUUGCAACCCAGAAGUCACUAGAAUUCUUCUGGAGACAGAACUGGGAUUUGGGAUCUAAUACGGAUAUUCUCUGCCACAUGAUGCCUUUUUAUAGCUAUGAUGUUCCUCACACUUGUGGACCAGAUCCUAAAAUUUGCUGCCAGUUUGAUUUUAAGCGCCUUCCUGGGGGAAGAGUGAACUGCCCCUGGAGAGUUCCUCCUGAAGCCAUUCAUUCUGGGAACAUUCAGCACAGGGCAUGGAUGAUUUUAGAUCAGUACAGAAAAAAGUCAAAACUUUUCCGUACCAAAGUUUUGCUGGCUCCUCUAGGAGAUGAUUUCCGCUACAGUGAGAGCUCAGAAUGGGAUCAGCAGUAUCAGAAUUAUCAGAAGCUCUUUGAUUAUAUGAAUUCUCAUCCUGAAUUCCAUGUCCAGGCCCAGUUCGGGACCCUGUCAGAUUAUUUUGAGGCGCUGCAUAAAGCUGGUAAUUUGGAUGAAAAGAACAGUAAUUCAGUCUUCCCUGUUUUGAGUGGAGAUUUCUUCACAUAUGCAGACAGAGACCAUCAUUACUGGAGUGGAUAUUUUACAUCACGGCCCUUCUACAAGCGCCUAGACAGGAUUCUAGAAUCAUAUUUAAGAGCUGCAGAAAUUCUUUAUUCUCUGGCCCUGGUACAGUCCAAAAAAACUGAGAAGAUGAAAGCAUUUCCUUCAGCAGAACACUACAAAUUAUUGACAGAAGCUCGAAGAAACGUGGGACUUUUUCAGCAUCAUGAUGCUAUCACAGGAACUUCUAAGGACUGGGUCGUUGUGGAUUAUGGUACUCGGCUUUUCCACUCAUUAAUGAACUUGAAGAAAAUCAUCACUGAUUCUUCUCACAUUCUUGUUCUGAAGGACCAAGAAACAUAUAAUUACAACCCCUCAGCGCCAUUCCUUACAAUGGAUGAAGUUCAGUCUGCACAAGAUGCAUUACCUCACAAGACUGUUAUACAACUGAGUAAACAGCCAAGGUACCUUUUAAUUUAUAAUCCUACAGAACAAGAACGUUCAUCAGUGGUUUCAGUCUAUGUGAAUACACCAAGAGUUAAAGUACUAUCACCUUCUGGAAGACCUGUUGUUGUCCAGCUUAGUGCUGUCUGGGAUGGAACUGCUAAAAUAUCAUAUGAGGCAUACCAGAUCUCUUUCUUGACUCAUCUGCCACCUUUGGGUUUCGGAGUUUAUCAGCUGUUGGAAGGGCUGAGUUCAGAAACAGUAUUGGCUGAUUAUAAUCUCUAUCAUAAUGAUAAAGCUAAAUUGGACAAGCCAUACAGAAUUUUCAACAUUAAAGAGAUACAGAAUGCUUUGGAUGAGAUCAUGUUAGAAAAUUCUUAUAUGAAAAUCUGGUUCUCUGGAAAUUCUGGACUAGUAGAGAAAAUAAAUACAAAAGAAGAUAGUAAAAAUCAUCGUGUAAAGUUGGAGUUUGUUUGGUAUGGAACUACAAGUAAUAGAGAUAAGAGUGGAGCUUAUCUCUUCUUACCAGAUGGAGAAGCUAAGCCCUAUGUUUUUACUGAUCCACCUGUUAUACGAGUUACGCAUGGAAGGAUUUUUUCUGAAGUUACUACUUUUUUCCAUCAUUUGACUCACACAGUACGACUUUACAAGGUUCAUGGGGUGGAAGGCCAGUCCCUUGAAAUAUCCAAUAUUGUGGACAUUAGGGGAGAAUACAAUCGUGAGAUUGCAAUGAGAAUUUCAUCUGAUGUAGCAACCCACAACAGAUUUUACACUGACCUCAAUGGAUACCAGAUUCAGCCCAGACAGACAAUGAGCAAAUUGCCUCUUCAAGCAAAUAUUUAUCCAAUGACUACAGUGGCUUAUGUCCAGGAUAGCAAGAUUCGUUUGUCUCUUCACUCUGCUCAGUCUCUUGGAGUUGCGAGCUUAAAAAGUGGACAAUUAGAAGUCAUCAUGGAUCGUCGACUUAUGCAGGAUGACAAUCGAGGCUUAGGACAAGGUGUUCAAGAUAACAAAAUCACAGCUAAUCUAUUCCGAAUUCUUUUGGAAAAAAGAAAUAGAGUAGAUACGGAAGAAGAAAAGGCUUCAGUCAGUUAUCUUUCUCUGCUUAGUCACAUAACGUCAUCUUUCAUAAAUCAUCCUGUGAUUCCAAUGGUUACCUCUGCAGACACUGGUGUCCCACCUCUUUUGAGCACCUUUUCACCACUAGUUUCAUCCAUGCCCUGUGAUAUGCAUCUGGUUAACCUAAGGACAAUACAGUCAAUGGCUGAUUCAGGGCCCUCUGAAGAAGCAGCCCUGAUUGUUCACAGGAAGGGUUUUGACUGUAGGAUCACAAACACAGACCUGGGUCUUCUGUGCUCUACAACUCAGGGAAAGCUAAAGGUGCAUAAACUCUUUAACAAGUUUCAUGUGGAAAGUCUUAUACCUACAUCCUUAUCUUUGAUGCAUUCACCUCCAGAUGCCAGAAAUAUAAGUGAGAUCAAUAUGAGUCCUAUGGAAAUAAAUACAUACAGAAUUCAUUUGAGAUGAAACCUGGAAUUUGAACUCCAACUUUUUGUCUUCUCAAAGACUGGUGUGCAAUAAAAAGCACAUUCUUAUUCCAACUUUUGGAUACUGUGACAAUAACAUUCAUUCUCAAAUUUAUUUGAUCUCCAAGACCAUAAAAAGCCAUGAUGCAAGCAACUUUCUUAUUUUCUAAUAAAAUGCCAACAUCAGUAUAAGUAACUACAAGACGGGGAGAAACAAAGGGUAUCACUUCUCAUCAACAAAGUGAAUCUCAGGUUUAAAUGUUACUUUAUGGUUUCUCAGUUUAUGGGUUUGUGUUUGAAAGGGAGGGAACAUUGAUUCUAAAUUGGUUUUCUGAACUGUAGGUGGUUCUUAAGUAACUGUAUAUUGUUAAAAUCCCAAAUACAAUUGGAAUUAAACCUGAAUAUGCUCUGGCAAAGCUAUUGUCCAAAUACUUAGAAAGACUUCUAUGGAUGAUGGUUUCAAUUUGUUCCACAUGGAGCCUGCAUUUAUCCCACUCUAGAGGUAGAGUGAAAUCCAAGAGCCUUUGAGAAGUGUGGAAGAUUUUAAUCAUUCUGUCCUGUCAUCUUGAACUGCAGAACUUAAUUCUAUAAUUCUAGAUUCAAAAGAUCAAAACCUACCGUUUUGUUACUUGACACAUUGGGAUAUGUGCAAUUGUUCCAUCAUAUAAAGUAAUGAAAGUCAAGUCUAUAAUUUCAAGAAUACAAGAUUUUUUACAGAAUAUUUGGAUACUAAUGCUCUCUGAAAUGUUUUUUCUAUUUCAAUAUAACCAUAUCAAAAUAAAUGUGCCUUAUUUUUUUGAUACGUCUUGUUACUCUUUUGGUGUUCAUGCAAUGUUGCUGGGGAAUGGGGUAGAGAAUUAAUACAUGAAAACAUAUCUUUUAUUUGACAUUGAUGGUGACACUCAAUGAUGGUGACACUCCUGCACCAAAUUUGUGCUGAUGAUUGAAUGCUAUUGACGAUUUGAAUGUAGUAAAAUUGUGUCAUAGAACAGUGGAAGAAUAAAGAAUACUGUAAACGUCAUCUGCUGUUGGUGAAACGGCAACGUACACAGCAGUUUAAAGGGACACAAAAGCUGCCUUGCCACAUGUAUUGUAGCAAACAGUGCAUUGAGAAUCAUGUGCCUAUAUUUUUAAAAUGCUGCUGUAUUAAUUCAGCGUCCAUGCUCAUGUUGCAGGUAUUUGUUAACGAGUAGCUUCUUCAAAAAAUACCUAUUUCUGCAUCAAGUAUUUCACAUGAAGUUCUUAAAGCCAUGUGGGUUUAAAAGGACCACUUUGCUAAACAAAACUACUGUUUACAAUUCAAACCAGUUCAGGCUGCAAUCCUGUACAUACUUAACCAAGAGUAAGUUCUAUUGAAUCCAGUGGGAUUUGCUUCUGCAUGGAGGUGCAUAGGAUUGCACUGUAAAUUGCAGUCCAUUGUGAUUCCUUUAACCCUGAGCUCUUUUAUUUUUUUAUUUUUGCUUUACUGAUAGAAAGGUUAUUUGCUUUAAAAGUGAUAAACAUUUUAAUACGUGGAAAAUGGCUUUUAUGUUCAUACAUUUUUGUACCUUAUUAAUAUGACCAGUGCCAUGUUUUUACUAAGUGUAUUUAGCCACACUUCCAGUUUUAAAGAUGGUAUCUUUAUAAUUUUACAAAUUUGGAGGCUCUCUCAAUCGUUUCCCUACUUCAGUUUUUGUAUAGAACAAUUAAAUAUGACUUGUUGCAAAAUGGGUAAUAUAUAGGUGGGAGAAGAUAAAUGAAUAAUUUUAUGCAAUAAAUAUCCUAUUUUCAACACCGUUCCUUUAGAUGAAAAUUUUAAAUACUAGCAGAAUGUUCCCAUAACUACUGUUUUUAGUUUUACACUGUCUAUAGUAUGAUAAUGCUUUACUAAAACCUGAUUAUUUUCUGCAAAAAAAAAAAAGUAUUCGAAAUCUUAAAUUCUGGAAAAAUGUAUGCAAUAAAUCAUAGGGUAUUUGUAGAACAUGCUUACAAAAGGUAUUUCAUGUGGCUAUACCUGCAGCCCCAUCUUAAACAUGUUUACUCAGAAGUUGUUUUGAACAGUGGGGAUUAAUCUUCCUAGUGUGCCAAUUUAGUAUUGCAGCAUCUAUAAUAUAUGUCAGCAGCUCUACAAUCAUGUCUGAAUGUUCCUUUACCAGCAGAUUUUUGCUUUAAUUUAAAAUAAUUGGAAGGUAUUUUGCAGGAAAAAUGCCUUUUCAGGCAAUGGUAAUUUAAUAAAUGGAAUUGUCAAAA